CACCAACUCUCCAACUCCCAUUGUGAACGGUCAUGUAUGCCCCAGAUUCCGGCUGAACAGCAACAACAGCAUCGCCAUGGCCGUUCAGUCCAAACUGCUACCGCCCGAGCGCUCCAUCAAACAGAUCCUCUCAAGCCUAACAACUCUCUACCUCCGUCACCGCACCCGCAUCUCUCGCGCCGUCUAUCUAGCCCUCUUCGCAGCGCUCGCCAAGCGAAUCCAUAAUGCAAUCUCCGAACAGAAAGCCGCGACCCAGCAAGUCGAGCUCCGCCGACGGCCCGGCACCAGCAGUCUCGGCGACGAAGAACAACCCCGCAAGAAGCGAGUCGAGAUCAACCGCGAGUUCUUUAAGCAUUUGCUUCGCUUGCUGAAGAUCGUCAUCCCUGGGUGGCGGAGUAAGGAGCUACGCUUGCUGGUUAGCCAUAGUGUUUUCUUGGUCCUGCGCACCCUGCUCAGUUUGUAUGUUGCUGAGUUGGAUGGAAGACUCGUGAGCAACUUGGUGCGCGGUAAGGGGAAGGAUUUCUUACUGGGUCUUGUUUGGUGGAUGAUUGUCGCUGUUCCUGCUACUUUUACUAAUUCUAUGCUCUCAUACCACCAAUGCAAGCUCGCGCUGAGCUAUCGCAAGCGACUUACUGAUUAUAUCCAUGAGAAGUAUCUGUCUAAUAUGACCUUCUAUGCUAUCUCCGCCUUGGACGACCGCAUCAAGAACCCCGACCAGCUCGUCACGGUCGAUGUGUCUCGUUUCUCGGAUAGUCUGGCUGAACUAUACUCCAACUUGGCCAAGCCGAUUCUCGAUAUGGCUAUUUACAACUACUCCCUGUCAAAGAAUGUGGGAGGAGAAGGAUUGUUCAUUAUGAGUCUGCUCGUGCAGCUGUCAGCCAACGUCAUGCGCAUGCUGACUCCGCCAUUUGGUAAAUACGUGGCGGAUGAGGCUCGCUUGGAGGGCGAGUUCCGGUUCUUGCACUCGCGGCUUAUCGAUUACAAUGAAGAGGUGGCUCUAUACCACGGCCACGAAGCUGAGAAGGAUACCCUGGAUAAGGGGUACUUUACUCUUAUCAAGCACGUGAAUCGCAUUUUGCGCAGGAGACUGUAUCAUGGGUUCAUGGAGGACUUUGUGAUCAAGUAUUUCUGGGGUGCUCUGGGUUUGGUUCUCUGCAGUGUGCCUGUCUUCUUCAAGAUUCCUGGACAGACCACUCACAGUAUGGGAGAUCACACAGAAAGCUUCGUCACGAACCGUCGCAUGUUGCUUUCCUCAUCAGAUGCCUUUGGCCGUUUGAUGUUCUCCUACAAGGAGAUUUCGGAGCUUGCUGGCUACACAUCGCGUGUCUCGUCUUUGUUGGAGGUUAUGGACGACCUGCUGGCUGGUCGGUUUGAGAAGAAGCUGGUGUCCUCUGCCUCUACCGAGGAGAAUGCAGCUGUGUUGUCUGGUCGAGGCGAAGUCAUGGAGAGCGACGCCAUCGAGUUCACCGACGUACCGAUUGUAUCACCAAAUGGAGACGUCUUGGUGCGCAAGUUGUCCUUCACUGUCCACCCUGGUGAGCAUCUCUUGAUUGUCGGACCCAACGGCUGCGGUAAAUCGUCUCUCUUCCGGAUCCUGGGCGGGCUCUGGCCGGUGUACGGAGGAACAGACAUCUUCUACAUCCCACAGCGACCAUAUCUAUCCCGUGGAACUCUGCGGCAGCAGGUCAUCUAUCCAGAUGGAGUUCGUGAGAUGCGUGCCAAGGGUAUCACCGACGCCGAUCUCUAUGACAUUCUUUCUGUGGUUGAGAUCGCGUCCGUCGUAGAUCGCCCUGGAGGCUGGGAUGCAGAGGAAGAGUGGCGUGAUGUGUUGUCUGGUGGUCUCCAGCAGCGCAUUGCCAUGGCUCGUCUGUUCUACCAUCGGCCCAAGUUCGCCAUCCUGGAUGAGUGUACGUCCUCAGUAACCUUGGAGAUUGAGAAGGUCAUGUAUGAGACGGCCAAAAAGCUGGGCACCACACUGAUGACAGUCUCACAUCGACGCAGCCUCUGGAAAUAUCACCAGAAGAUCUUGCAGUUCGACGGAGAGGGAGGCUAUAUCUUUACCGGUCUGGACUGGGAGCGGCGUCUGAAACUGGAAGAUGAGAAGGAAGAGUUGGACCUGCAGCUACGAGCGGUGCCAGAGCUGCAACGUCGGAUCACCGAUCUGUAUAAAAUGGCCCAACAAGCGCAGCCCGUCGAUCAAAAGAGAAAGAUCAUUAUCUUCUCUGACUUCGAUGGCACAAUCUUCAUGCAAGAUACAGGCCACAUCCUAGUGGACCACCAUGGUUGCGGUGCCGCCUACCGCAACAAACUAGAAGAGCAAUUUAAAACCGGCGAACGAUCCUUCCGCGACAUCUCCGAUGACAUGUGGGGAUCCCUAACAAUCCCCUUCGGCGACGGGUUCGACGUUAUGGAAAAGAACCUCCAAAUCGACCCGGGCUUCCAAGAAUUCCACCAAUACUGUACCGAAAACGGCUUCCCAUUCAACAUCAUCAGCGCCGGUCUCAAGCCAAUUCUGCAGCGAGUCCUUGAUAUCUUCCUCGGUGAGAAAGAGGCCUCCUCAAUCGACAUCGUAGCAAACGACGUCCAAAUUGUAGGCGGCAGUCCCUGGAAACCCGUCUGGCGCGACGCCUCCGAAUCAGGCCACGACAAAGCAAUGAGCGUAAACGCAGCCCGCCUACAAGCCCAAGCAGAAUGCACACCAGACGAAAUCCCCCUGAUCGUCUUCAUCGGCGACGGAGUCUCCGACCUAGCCGCCGCCCGCGAAGCAGACGUCCUCUUCGCGCGCCGCGGUCUCCGCCUCGAACAACACUGCAUCGAGCACGGUAUCUCCUACACGCCCUUCGAUACCUUCUCUGAUAUCAAGCGCGAGGUUGAGGCUAUUUCGCGUGAGGAUCAGAAGAAGACGGGUGGUGUUGGUAAACCGGUGCGGUAUAACCCUCGUGCUAAUAUGUGGCGUCGGAUUUCUUCUAAGGAGGCUGUUCCGACGCUUAUGACUGCUGCUACGCCUUCUAACGAGGAGAAGAUGUUCCUUUGGCCCGAGACCUUUUCGGAGCCUUUGAAUACUUCGGCUCUGCCGCAGGGUCAUAAGCCUUCGACUAUUCAGGAGGGGGAUGAGGCUUCUGCUUAGUUUGGUUUGGUUUUU